CAUUGUGUGCUUGGGUAUUGUGUCACAGUUGAACGGAUCUGCUACACAUGUUGGAGGAGCAGGGCCGGCGUACUUAUUGUACAAUCGCAGCUGACUGUUUUUAAUAGCUUGGUCUUUUGUACGGAUGUGGAUAUUGGUCGAGGACUCAGUCUGUCGGUCUAUCAACAGUUGCGUUCAUCGAUAGGCCUGCUAUCUCUCUUUCACCAAACGAGGAUCCUGGACUGUUCCAGAAGGUACAUGAUCUGAGGCAAGAGACUGUUAAUACGAGACAACAGUCAAGAGUUUACAUGAUUACAUGGCUAACUUUCAGAGGAAUGGUCGAGAGCCGAAAAGGGGGGCCGCCACAAAAGGAACGGCACCGACCCCCAACAAAAAAUACGACUACUCGACAUACCGACUAUCCUCGCCGCUAACCGAAAUCAAAUCGGAGUACGAUGUGGUGGUUAUCGGAUCCGGAUACGGAGCAUCAAUCGCUGCUAGUCGGUGCGCUCGGGCCGGUCAGUCGGUGUGCGUACUGGAGAAAGGGAAGGAGUGGUGGCCGGGAGACUUCCCCGAGAGCGAACUCAAGUCCGUCAACGAGUUACAGGUGACGAGGCCGGGACAUAAAUCUGUAUUUGGCAAAGAGACGGGUCUGUUCGACAUGGUGGUCGGUGCCGACGUCAGUGUCCUCCAGGGCUGUGGACUGGGAGGGACGUCUCUUAUCAACGCCAAUGUCGCUCUCGAAUGCGACAAGCGGGUCAUGGAUGAUGAGCGCUGGCCUAAAGAGAUCCGCGAAGACUUGGCCAUGCUGUAUGGUGAUGACAGACAGCACGUGUUUGACAUGUUGAAACCCGAGAGGUAUCCUACAGACUUUCCAGAACUUGCUAAAAUGAAGGCAAUGAAGCUAGGAGCUGCCCGUCUCAUCAGGGAUAUCGAGGAUCUCUCUGUACCCGAUGUUUACAGCAGCGUACCCCUCUAUGUGAACUUCAAACACGCGGAGAAGAACGACUUCGGAAUCCCUCAGCCAGCGUGCAACGGGUGCGGCAAUUGCGUCGGAGGGUGCAACGUAGGUGCAAAGAACACCCUGAACUUCAACUACCUGCCAGACGCGAGGACAUUCGGUGCCGACAUCUUCACGCAGACAAAAGUGAAAGCCGUCCUUCGAGAAGAGUCUAAAGGCAUGUGGAAGGUGUUUUACGAAGAGUUGGUCCAAGAUGUCUUCCAUGUGGUCGAGCAGACGGUACGGGCCAAGAUCGUCAUCUUUGGAGCUGGGUCCCUGGGAUCCACCAAUAUCUUGAUGAACUCUGAACAGCGCGGUCUGCAACUGUCUGAUAGGCUGGGAGAAGGCUUCACGACAAACGGUGACGCGCUGAACUUUAGCUACAACACGGCGCAUAAAGUCAAAUGCGUCGGCGUCAAAACGAAGGAUGUGAAACCAGGGCAUGGGCCAGGACCGUGCAUUGCAUCUGUCAUUGACAUGAGGCUCCCUAGUGCCCCAUUGGAUGAUGGGUAUGUCCUUGAAGAUGGGACACCACCUGUUGCUUGGGAGGCUCCCUUGAAGAUCCUCCUGAAGACCACACCUGGAUUGAAACUCUCACAUGGUAAAAACACUCGUGAAGCACUACGUGCUAUAUCAGGCAAAUCCAUCAAGCACACUCUUUCUGUACUGUCCAUGAGCCACGAUUCUGCGGAUGGCAGACUCAUCCGUGAUAAGGCCAGUGGGCGGGUCACGGUGGAUUUCCCCAUGGUUGGAGGUGGAGCUAACUUCGAGAAGAUGUUUGAGGGGUCGAAGGAGUUGACGGCUGCCUUGGAAGGACAUCACAUCGCAAACCCAUUCUGGAAGGGUAUGUUGAGUGAGCUGAGGAACACCAAGGGUGUCAUCACCGUUCACCCAUUGGGUGGGUGCUGCAUGGCUGAGUCUGGCAAGGAUGGCGUCGUCAACCAUGCCGGCCAGGUGUUUGUUGGAAAUUUCGAUAACGUCUAUCCUGGGCUUCUUGUAGUUGAUGGCGCAAUCAUGCCACGCAGUCUUGGCGUUAACCCAACGUUGACCAUUGCCAUGGUUGCUGAACGGUGCAUACGUCUUCUAGCAUAUAGAGAGGGAUGGAGUAUAGACUACCCGUCAAGAAGAAAUAUAGCUACGGUAUACAGGAAGACCAAACCCGGAUUCCGCUUCACGGAAAAGAUGAGUGGAAAACUGAUAGUUGAUGGAGAGAAGAUACCAAUUUCCUUCCAGCUAACCAUCGAGUCGAAAGACAUCUACCAUAUGCUGAAGCUUGAUCCGACCCACCGCGCCGGCAUCUACGGCAUUGUGAGUUGUGAUGCACUGUCGAAGACUCCCCUGACAGUUUCUGAUGGCAUCUUUCAGCUGCUCGCCGACAGCGAAGACAAGGUCGAGACCAAAGAAAUGGUCUACAAAAUGACUUUGACUAACCACGAAGGGGAGGUAUUCUACUUCAAGGGUGAAAAAUGCAUCCAAAAGAAUAGAGCUCUGGAAACGGGUUUGACGGAUACAACGCAUAUGACCUUCACCGUGACAAAAGGUUCUGGCACGUCCGUGGAGACAGUCGGUGAAGGUAAGCUGAAGCUCAAGAUCCGGGAUUUCAUGAGGCAGCUCACAACCAUCGAGGUGACCAAUUGCCAUAAUGCGAUUGAGAGAUUGAGGUGGAAGACCAGGUUCUGCAAGUUUUUUGCCGGUUCCCUCUGGGAGGUCUACGGCAUCCUCAGUCCAUCCACAACGCCCUUUGACCCUGAUGCACCUCCGAGGGAAAGACGACUUCUCAAAAUGGAUCAAGACAAGAUUGUCCCGAUGAAGCUCCCUGCAGGAGAUGGCAUACCGCUUAUCCUCACGCGAUACAGAGGGGGAGAGAAAGGUCCCAUUCUACUGCUUCACGGGCUAGGUGUGUCAAGUCGCAUCUUCACAAUCGAUACAGUCAACAAGAACAUGGUGGAGUACUUGGUGGAGAAAGGAUUUGAUGUGUGGUCUUUGGACAUGCGAUUCUCAAUAUCACUACCGUCUCACAAGGAUGGAUGCACUGUCAUAGAUGCGGCAGAGUUCGAUGUUCCGGUUGCCAUUGACCUCAUUCUUCAGACCACCAAAGUAUCCAGCGUCCAGGUCUUUGGUCAUUGCAUGGGAUCACUGGUGAUUUUUGCCUCACUCCUCGGAGGUUUUGUCGCUAAGGAGAAGAUUAGCAGCAUCGUGUCUUCUCAGCUUGGGUUUGUCAUCAAGCCCACUGCAGCGUCCACCACUGGUCCAAAUUUCAUUGGCGAUGGCGUUGAUGCGUACACUGACACCAACGAAAAUUGGAUGGGAAGAGUCUUCAAUGUCGUCUCAGAUAGAUAUGCCAGUUUCGUGACAUCCGCCAAUGAGCACUGUGACAGCCACGUAUGCCACCGUGUGACGUUCUUGUACCGACCGUCAUGGCAGCACGAGAAUCUAAACAAGAGCACCCACGACACCUUGCAUGAAUGGAACGGCUUCACCAACAAGGAUCUCUUCAAGCACCUUUCCAAGUGUGCUAACAAGAAGAUGCUGUGCAACCGUGAUGGGGACAAGCCUCUCAUUCCGAAGUUCGAUUCCAAGAACUACCUGGAGAAUCCCGAGUACCAGGAAGCCAUGUCACGUCUUGAUGUUCCCAUCCUCUUCUUCACGGGAGAGCGGAACAGCCGAUGGGACAAGAAAUCGAUCCAACGGAGCCAUCAAAGAUGCCUGGAGAGUCACCCCGACCAGCACUAUGCGUGUCUUAUGGUGCCUUCCUAUAAUCAUUCAGACUCUAUCGUUGGCAAGAACGCGGAAAAUGAUGUAUUCCCACUCUUCUUGCCAUUCCUCGAGAAGUACUCAAUACCACACGACAUGUCAGAUGGCACAUCUUUAAGCAGCCUUUAGUUUGUAUCAUGGCGACAGGGCUGUAUAUGAAGAGUUCAAAUGUUUUUUUAGUUGUGAUUUCAGUAUUAUUAUUUAAAAGGAAAGGUUUGCUACUAAAUUUGAAUAAAUUUCAUUGAUUUUAUUAAGAAAAUAUGAAAUUUUUCAGGUACAAUAUCAUGUUUCAUUCCAAAAGGAGCUAAAUCCACGAGAAAAAAAAAAUCUAAAAAUUUAGUAAAAAUCAGGAAAAACUAGUAGAUUUUUUCUUAACAUAUAUUUUUGGUCCAGGGUGACACCUUUAACAUAUUAAACAACAUUAAGGUACGUGGCUAAAGGGAAAGUGGAGAAAUAAAAAAAGUCGAUUUACUCAGAAGUACCCAAAGUGGAUUUAGCUCCUUUUGGAAUGAAACUCUUCAUAUACAUUUUAUUUUCUCACUGAAUUUGUAUUUUCUUCUUUCAAUCUGUACCAAAUUCAGGCUCUAUUUAUUUUCCCAUUAUUUGACAUGUUUGACUAUUCCAUGUUUCGAAAUCGGAGACUGAAAUGGCAAUAAUCGUAUGACACCUCGGCGUAGGCGUACUGGCACAGUUGUGCCAGGGGGGGGGGGGGCUGACAUAUUGAACACCAGUUUCAGUCUCUAUACUUUGGAGUAAGCGAAGCAAGGGAGCGAAAUUUGUUACCUUUUAAUACAGAUAUCUAAUUUUGUCAAAAACAAGACAUAAAACUAUAUUUGAGAACUACUAUCUUGCUGUCCACAUAAUAUAAGGUGCCCGAAUAAUGGCAACAUGUCAACAUCCUCAGAGGGAUGCAGCCCCGCAGCCUCUUGUCUCCUACGCCCUUUUUAUUUACCGAGAUGCAUUUCUGCACUGUAUACAUAUUACUUUUUACAAUUUUGCAAAACGGUUAUUAUUCCCUAAUAGACACAUUUCCUAUGAUUAUAUUGUCAUCACAAUUAAAAUUGGUGUAUAUUUGUUAUGUUGACGAAAAUAUUUUAUUCGUAAAUAUGUUAAGUCACUGUUAUCUUGAAUAUGAUACUUGGUCAUGGGUUAAGUCAUUCAUUGUGUUUUAGUAUCAAAUUGAUAAAGACUUCGUUCUUUGUACCCUAGUUCUUGGGGGCGGCAUGGAUAGAAUUUUAAUCAAUAUAUUGCAUGUGUGUAUAUUUAGGAAUAUAUCAAAUUAAACUGUGCGAGGUAAAAGUAAUUAUGCAAAGAAGAUAUACUGUCUGUUAAACAAAAUUUCGUUCUGCGAGGGCCACUGUUUGCUUUCCAUCUGUCUCGUAUACUCUGUAUCCAUUCGUGUUUUGCUCUGUAUAUGCUUGGCUCUUCUACCUCCCUUAAAACGCCCUAUAAUUCUACUGUCAACACAAUUCCGAUUGGUGCAUAAUUAUAUUUUAUGUUGAUGAAUUAUAUUCUCAUUUUAUUUGUUAUUAUAUAUUUAGACACUGUUAUCUUGAAUAUGAUACUUGGCCAUUGGUUAAGUCAAUUCAUUGUGUUUUAGUAUCAAAUUGAUAAGAUAAGGACUUUGUUCUCUGUACCCUAAUUAUUGGUGGCGGCAUGGACAGAAUUUUAAUCAGUAUAUUCAUAUUGCAUGUGUGUAUAUAAAGGAAUAUAUCAAAUUUAACUGUGCUAAGUAAAAGUUAUUAUGCAAAGAAAAUAUCCUGUCCUACUUAUGCCCGAACAAAAUGAUGUGUAUUCUUUGUUUUAUAAGAUUAUGUCUUAUUUGUAUUAUAUAGUGAUGUUUUAUAACUUGAUUUCACUAAUGACCGGUCAAAAUUAUUUACUAUUUACGUGUUAGGCAAAAUAAAUGCCCUGUCACGUGUACGCUCUCAACCAAUCAUUUGUUAGGAUCCGCCUCAUCAUCUUAUAAUAGCAGCUUAUACACGAUUUUUUUUUCUCAGUACUAAUAUGGAUAACGUAUAGUUAGAAUAUGAUUUUAAAACCUACGAAUAUAUAUAAUACCUAUAGCGUCUUUACAUAACGGAACAUGAUAAACAAACGUUAUUGCCAGGUAACACUUGAUAUUUUCUAUCGAGAAAGA